GCGUUUUUGGCCGUAAUGUCAGGACGCGGGAAGCAGGGAGGCAAGGCCCGCGCCAAGGCCAAGUCGCGCUCGUCCCGCGCCGGCCUGCAGUUCCCGGUGGGCCGAGUGCACCGCCUGCUGCGCAAGGGCAACUACGCCGAGCGGGUGGGGGCCGGCGCGCCGGUGUACAUGGCCGCGGUGCUGGAGUACCUGACGGCGGAAAUCCUGGAGCUGGCGGGGAACGCGGCCCGAGACAACAAGAAGACGCGCAUCAUCCCCCGCCAUUUGCAGCUAGCCGUGAGAAACGACGAAGAGCUCAACAAGUUACUUGGGGGGGUCACCAUUGCCCAGGGCGGUGUUUUGCCCAAUAUCCAGGCGGUCUUGUUGCCCAAGAAAACGGAGAGUCACAAGCCUGGCAAAAACAAGUAA